GUUUAGCAAUGGAUGCGGCUGUGGUGUUUGUGUUGCUCGUAGUUGCGGCUGGCGCAUCGGCAUCUCGAGGAGGUAUGCUCCUUGGUGGGCAGUAUCCCGCCAGUGAGCAUGAACAAGGGGUGCAGAAAGCGAUGACGUUCGCCAUGCAAGAAUAUAAUAAACAAAGUAACGACAUGUUCCUCAACACGAUCACCAAGGUUAACGGAGUAACCAAACAGCUUGUGUCUGGUACAAUCUACCGUAUAGAUGCUGUCGUAAGCCGGACUGAGUGCAAAAAGUCAGCAGUUGGUGUUCAGAAUUGUCCUGUCCACACUGAUGGGAACUUUGCCAAGAGUAUGAACUGCCAAUUUGAGGUGUUGACUAUUCCUUGGCAAAGAGAAAAUAAACUGCAAAAGAAAACAUGCGACUAAUUCAAGAUCUUCCGUAUCAUUGAUAUUGUAACCAAGUUAAUCAAGUUAUCGAA